AAAGGAUUGGGAAACAUCUAAUACCAAGGGCUAUUAAUAAUCACCAAUCCAAUGGUAACUUCUCCCUUUUCCACAUGAGAUAGGGCCUUAAAAUAGAUGAAAGAGAGAGAGAAAUAAAAUAGUGGUGUUGUGUUUAAUUUUGUUGUGUGGUGCAGAUGAUAAUGCAGAGAUAGAAAUAGCUUAGGCUCAUUCCAUUAAAUAAAACAUCCGGGUCUGUGUUUUGUGUUGUAGGAAUCGGAGAGUCCCAAGGAACAAAGUUUCAGAAAACAGACAAAAAAAUCACAAUGGUUUCCUUAGACUCUCUCGAUUUCUUCCUCUUCCGUGUCAGCACAGAUUUCUCAUCUCCUCUGGCCAUUUUCGUUCAGGCUCAGGGAUGUUUAAUUUGCCUACUCCUGGCUUUAGGGUGGGCCUGUGCUUCAUUUGUCAGGAACAGAGAAAUAAAUAGAAUAAAGAAGAGUAUACGGAAUGGCAAUAACUUUGCAUUCCUCUGUCAUGAUAUUAAUGAACUUGAACAUUCCAAUCAGAUUGAUCUUCCUAGAGUAACAGUAAUUAUGCCCCUAAAAGGAUUUGGAGAACACAAUCUCCAUAACUGGAAGACUCAGUUAACAUCUCUUUACGGUGGCCCUCUAGAAUUUCUUUUGGUGGUUGAAAGUGUAGAGGAUCCUGCAUACCAUGCUGUAUCAAAACUAAUAGCAGAUUUAGAGGGUUCUGUCGAUGCUAGGAUUAUAGUAGCUGGUUUGUCAACAAGUUGUAGUCAAAAAAUUCACAAUCAGUUGGUUGGAGUAGAGGCAAUGCACAAAGAAAGCAAGUAUGUGUUGUUUUUAGAUGAUGAUGUUAGGCUACAUCCGGGAUCAAUUGGAGCACUCGUUAGUGAAAUGCAAAAGAACCCUGAUAUAUUUAUUCAAACCGGAUACCCUCUUGAUUUGCCAUCUGGAAGUCUAGGGAGUUACUGCAUCUAUGAAUACCAUAUGCCUUGUUCAAUGGGCUUUGCCACUGGUGGAAAAACAUUCUUUUUGUGGGGAGGGUGCAUGAUGAUGCAUUCUGAAGACUUUAGGAAAGAUAACUGUGGUGUAGUGUCAGGACUUAGAGACGGUGGAUAUUCUGAUGACAUGACUCUAGCUGCCAUAGCCGGGGCUCACAAGAAGCUCAUUAGUUCUCCAGCGGUUGCUGUCUUUCCUCACCCCCUUGCAAGUGAUCUUAAUUUUGGAAGGUUUGUGAUUAUUUCUCAUCUUAAAUUGUGUUUCUUUGCAUUUUUGAUGAUUUACUUUCUUUUUAACGUUUGUAGAUAUUGGAAUUACUUGAGGAAGCAAACAUUUGUUUUGGAGUCAUACGUCACCAGAGUCAACCAAAUAAUGAACCGUGCAUUGUUUGCUGUUCACUGUUAUUUGUCAUGGGGAUUUGUAGCACCAUACUGCAUGGCAGUGAUUCAUGUUGCAGCAGCACUAAGGUUUAAAGCCAGGGGAAACUCAAUUGAGGAAUUAAGCUACUCUUCAAUUGGGUUAAAAAUGGUGGGGCUCCUAGUCGCAUGCACUUUUGUUGCGCUUUUCUCAAUGUGGAACUUGACAAGGAUAGAAGUUCUACUUUGCAACAUAUUGUCCCCAGAGGCACCUCCACUUUCUCUGGCUUCGUAUAAUUGGUGUAAAGUAUUCAUUGCAAUGCUGGUGGAUAACUGUCUAUACCCUGUAUCUGCAAUUCGUUCUCAUUUUUCCCAAUCUAUCAAUUGGUCUGGCAUUAUAUACUAUUUGAAAGAUGGAAAAAUCAACAAGAUAGAGAGAUUACCAAAAAGGCAAGAUGUGGCACCAGUUUUCACAGACUUGGGAGGAAAACAUUUGUAUGGAAGGAAAGGAAUGCCUACAAGAGGCUCAUUCCUCACUUCUUUAUCCAAAUGUUUGUUCCAAUGGCGUCAACCAAAGAGAUCUGAGUAACCAAGAAAUGGCUUCAUUCAGCAUACAAAGUUUUUGUCCAUUUUGUCUUGUGUCUCUGCCCCUAAAUUUUGAGGCACAAUGGCUCCUACUUUUGAAGCAAGGGUUUUGGCAUAUCAAUAUUGCCAAUUGAUUCAUAUUUGAUCGAUCGAUUCCUUUUGUGAGGCAAAACCCUUCUUCCAUAAACAUGUAUUUUUAACAACACAUUCAAUCCCAUGUAAUUUUCAGCUCCAUUGUAAAAAUUCAA